ACAGUCACAAUCACAAGCAGCUGGUUCAAAAUUGUCAUUUAAACCUGUCUCAUACUUCACACAUAACGACGUAGUUUCCACUCGCCACAGCCGAGAGUAGAUUCAUUAAACUCCAGCCGCCUUGCUGAUAGUCUAGGAGCAGGUGGACCAUGUCGAAUACAUCAGUUCGCCCGAUUCCCACGCUGAAGGGCAUCUUUUCGGUGCCGCGCGUCACACAGUCCCGAAACUUCCUCAAGGAAAACAAGGUGAGCCUGCGCUCGCUGGAGAAGACCACCAGCCAGAAAUUGGCCGCCAAGGAGACAGUGCGUCCCAAAUGGAUGCCACCGCUGCGACGUACUUCCUCCGAGGUGAGGGAGACAAAAACUGACAGGCCACCGGCUAAGGGCAAGAACGGACAGCAGAACUCCCUGCAGAACACUCGCAGCAGCUCCCGUUCCCAGCAUCAACUGGCCAUGGCCAUUCCGGCGGAUGGAGAACGCUUCGAUGGACUGGAGGAGCGCAAUCCCAUCUUAUAUGAUCCGUCGGACGAUCUGGAGGCGGAGAACCUCAUGGAGCCGUCAUCAGACCCACCCUCGGAUCGCUGCCAAUCCUGCGGCACCAAUCGCAGCUCCACUAGCAUCGGUAUUCAGACCGAGGACAUUACCGACGAACUUUACCUCACAAAUGCACUGAAAAAAUGCAAUUUCGAUGGAAGAUCUGUAAUCGAGGAGCCGCGCAAAAAGUACGAAGACAACUACAGACCAAUGCAGUAUGAAAACGAGGAGGAGCUGGAGCAGCUUCCACUUUCAGCCCGCUCAAACACCUCGAAGCAAAGCCGCUUCCACAUGUCUGAAAUGGAGGCGGAGCCCAUAAAUUACGGCGCCUCGGACGAUGAGGCACCUCUCAGCGCCCGUAGUCGCUUUACAACGGCCUCUAACGUCACCACCAUCACUUCCAAGUCAAAGCGUCGUGAGCAUAAACUGGGAUCUCUGGAUGAGGUGCGCCUGCCGCGAUACCUGGAGAAACAAAAGCGCGAGAAGGCCGUGGCCAAGCAACUUGCGGAGGCACAGGAUCCCGACUGUCCACGUGGUCAUGUAUUGCUGAGCGAUCAAGAUCGAUUGACCCACCUCACCAAUGCCCAGAAGCGUUACGAACAGCUAGUUAAUGAGCUAAAUCACAUGCCUAUGACAGCGCAGACUUUGCGUGUGCGCAACCGCAAGGCUGAGAUCGACAAGGAGCUGACUACCGUGGAGGAGGACAUCCGCAUAUACUCCAAGGCGAAGGUCUUCGUGCUGGCCAACAAGUCGCGCCAACUGUGAGAACUCGUGUAGCCCCACAAAUCUUGAAACACUCCAUCGACUGACUGAUUAAGCUACUAGGAACUAGGAUUUUCAAAACACGAGUGUUCCUUUCAAAACAUGCCUUACGUUAGUUAUAUAUUUUUGAGCUAAGCUUGGGAUCGCAGACAGCCCCGAAAAU